AUGGACACAUUAUUAACCGCCGAGAUUGCGGCAAAUGCACCCCGAUACCGUCGAAAGAGCUCGACUUUCAUUGACGGCAUCCAUGAUGUGACCGAAGACUCCAACAUGGCCCCGGCCCAGCUCUACAGCACCAUGUCUGGCCGACUGUUCCACUCGGGCCGGAUAGCCAUUGUCAUGGUUGGACCUCCUGCCAGAGGAAAGACCCACGUCUGCGUGUCGCUAGCUCGCUACCUUUCGUGGCUAGGUGUCAAGACGCGCAUCUUCCACCUGGGCGACUAUCGACGAGCCACUAUUGGUCCAGAAAGCGCCGUUCCGAAAGACUACUUCUUCCCAGACGCCUCUCCGGAAUCGGUCAUCCUUCGUCAGAAGAUCCUGAAAAAGUGUCGCGAGGAUAUUUACGGCUGGCUCAACCACGAGAACGGCCAGGUCGCCAUCUACGACGCUGUCAACCCGACAGCAAGCGGUCGCCGCUCCUUGGCAAAGGAACUGGCCAAGCAUGACGUCCAAACACUGUUCAUCGAAUCGUUUGUUGAUGACGAGCGCAUUCUGCGGGAAAAUGCCAGAAACGUCAAGAUCUCAUCGCCAGAUUUUGCUGGCAUGGAUCCCGACGAGGCUGCCCAGCUCUAUCUGAAGCGAAUUGAAGUUCGAAUUCCUGUGUUCGAAACCAUGGACGAGGAAGAGCUCAACUACAUCAAAAUGAUCAACGCCGGCCAAAAGUUCUUCUACAACAAUGUCAACUUCAGCUACCUCUCUCACCGAAUCGUCUUCUAUCUCACUAAUCUCCAUAUCAAGGCCCGUAAGACCUUUUUUGUCCGCGCGGGCACCACGACCGACGAAGACUCGCUGCGCGCAGACGCCCCGCUGUCCGAAGCCGGCCGUACAUACGCAAAGAAGAUGACGGAGACGAUACUCAAGCACCGCGAGCAGGAGCAUGCAGAAACUGGCGAGAACCUAGCUUCGCUGCCGCCGCUGACGGUGUGGACUUCGACUCGACUACGCACCAUCCAAACCGCAGACACCCUGAGGGAGAUGAAUUACAAAGUCCGUCAGAGAUCGCAGAUGAGCCAGCUCAACCCUGGCAUCUGCGAGAAGAUGUCAGAGCGCGUUAUUCGCAAACUGUACCCCGAAGAAGUUGAAAAGCAUGAAGUUGAUCCAUAUCACCACCGGUAUCCCCGCGCCGAGUCAUAUCACGAUCUCGCUGUGCGUCUUGAGCCCAUCAUUCUCGAGCUCGAGCGGGAGCAAAACGACCUGCUCAUCAUCGCGCACGAGUCGGUCUUGCGCGUCCUCUACGCCUACCUCAUGCACUGCUCGACCGUCGAGAUCCCCGCGCUGCGCUUCCCGCGCGACGAAAUCAUCGAAAUCAUCCCCGCCGCGUACCAGAACGAGGCACGCCGCAUCCACAUCCCUGGCCUCGACCCGGAGAUGAUCCCCGGCUCACCCGACGGCAUGAAGCUCCUCGCCGCCGGCAGCAGCGUCCCGCCCAGCGGAUCGGCGAGCCGCCCGGACAGCCUGCCCGCGAGCGGUCAGAUGACGCCCCUGGCGGGUGUGGUGGCCGCCGCGGUGGCAACGUCGUCGACGGCAGGCCCUAUCGAGACGACGACGACAGCGACGACGACCUCUGCGCCCCUGGAGCAGCGGGCACCAGAAAAGGUCAUCAACAAGUCCAAGGAGACGGUCGCUGACAAGCUUGAUGACGAGGACUAG